CCCGAAUCAUAUACUGAAUCAAUCAUGAAUUCUUUUAAAUGGCUUAUCAGAAUACUACUCAUUUUCUUUCUUUCUCAAUUCUCCUUCUCAGCUGAUACAAUAACCCAACAUCACUACAUCAAAGAUAACAAGGAUGAAGUCAUAGUGUCUGGUGGCAAGAUUUUUGCACUUGGAUUUUUCAGCCCCGGAAGCUCCAGGAACCGAUAUGUUGGCAUCUGGUAUCAUCAGAUUCCAGGGAAGACAGUUGUUUGGGUGGCCAACAGAGACAAUCCCAUUAAAGAUACCUCAGGGAUUCUCAGAAUCGAUGGUCGAGGAAAUCUUGUCUUGUUCCAGGGGAACCGAACACUCCCUGUUUGGUCUAGUAACAUCUCCAUCGCAAGCACUAUGAACACCAUAGCUCAAAUUUUGGAUUCGGGAAAUCUUGUUUUGCUUCAGAAUGAUUCCAGAAAGACCGUACUGUGGCAGAGUUUUGGUUAUCCUACAAAUACUUGGCUUUCAUUUAUGAAAAUUGGGUUCAGUUUGAGAACCGGUAUGAACCAAUCAUACACGUCUUGGAGGUCUCCGGAUGAUCCAGGUGUUGGAAACUAUUCCUUCAAGAUGAACCCAGGCGUGUCUCCUCAAAUGGUUUUGUACAAGGGUUCGGUUCCUCUGUGGCGAAGCGGCACAUGGACCGGGAAAAUAUGGAGUGGUAUACCUGAAAUGACACAGAACUUCAUAUUUCGUGAUUCUUUUGUCAACACUGAUGAUGAAUUAUCGUUCUCGUGCGACACGAAAAAUGCCUCCAUCCUGACAAGAUGGACAACGAAUGAAACCGGAGUUACACAAAGAAUAAUCUGGGACAAUAAUGCUCGACAUUGGAUUACUAUUUAUUCGACUCCAAAGGAACAGUGUGAUUUUUACGGGCACUGUGGGCCAAAUGGUUACUGUAACCCUUAUCUAGGUGAUUUCGAGUGCACAUGUUUCCCUGGAUUCGAACCGAAAUCACCAGAAGAAUGGUUUAUAAGAGAUGGGGAAGGAGGGUGCGUGAGGAAGCUCGGUAUCUCCAUGUGUGGAAAUGGAGAAGGGUUCGUCAAGUUUCCACAUGUGAAGGUUCCAGAUACUGCGGCAGAUGCACUUGUAGACAUGAGUAUAGGAUUGAAGCAAUGCAAGGAAAAGUGCUUGAGAAAUUGCUCGUGCAUGGCCUAUGCUAGUGCAAACUCAGAGACCAACGGAGGGGUUGGCUGCUUGACAUGGCAUGGAGAUUUGAUGGAUGCCAGGGCAUAUACCGAGACGGGACAAGAUUUAUACAUACGAGUGGAUAAAAACGAGUUAGCACGGUAUACAAAGAAAGGUCUGCUUCAAAAGAAGGGAGUGCUUGCAGUUGCCAUAGGUUCCUCUGCUUUAGUGUUUCUCAUUCUUGUCGCCUUCUUGCGUUGCUUGGUACGAAGGCAAAGAAACGCAGAAAGAACGAGAAAACGCAAAAACAUAUUUAGCUUUACCACAUUCGAAGACUCUUUAGGUGAAAACGAGAUUGACGAGAGCACACGAAAUGGUGAAUUUCCGUACUUUGAGUUGAGCACCGUAGCUGCUGCCACUAAUGAUUUCUCUUCGGAUAAUAAACUUGGACAUGGUGGCUUUGGCCCUGUUUACAAGGGCGUACUCUUCAAUGGAGAAGAAAUAGCAGUGAAAAGACUAUUGAAUUCCUCAGGUCAGGGACUGCAAGAGUUUAAGAAUGAAAUACUUCUGACUGCAAAACUUCAGCACAGGAAUCUUGUAAGAAUGUUGGGAUGUUGCAUUGAAGGUGAAGAGAAGAUGUUAAUCUAUGAGUUCUUACCAAAUAAAAGCCUAGACUCUAUCAUUUUCGACGAAUCAAAAAGAUCAAUGUUGGAUUGGAAAAAGCGUUUCGAAAUCAUAUGUGGUAUUGCUAGAGGAAUGUUGUAUCUUCACCAAGAUUCCAGGUUAAGAAUCAUCCAUAGAGACCUGAAAGCGAGCAAUGUCUUGUUGGAUGCAACAAUGAAUCCCAAAAUAUCAGAUUUUGGGAUGGGCAGAAUAUUUGGAGAAGAUCAAACAGAAGGCGAUACUAAACGUGUAGUUGGAACAUACGGUUACAUGUCCCCAGAGUAUGCAAUGCAAGGACACUUCUCGAUUAAAUCCGAUGUUUACAGCUUCGGCGUGCUCCUGUUGGAGAUCAUCACUGGAAAAAAGAUUAGCAGUCCUUUUCCUGAUAGUCCGUGUUUGAAUCUUGUGGGACAUGUAAGUAAACCAAGUUUGCAGAACAAUUCUAUCAAGUGUUAUCAAUUAAAUCAAAAUCUUCCAUUGAAAUAACAUUGUUUCAGGUUUGGGAGCUGUGGAGAGAAGACAGAGCCAUGGA